AUGAUUAAUGAAGAGGAUAACCUGACGCAUAUCAAGCCUGAGUGCGAUAUUAACUCCCAGUUAGCCGUGGUGGUAAGUGAACCGUCAGAGGCUUCCAAUUUUUCUUUCCCAGCUAGAGAAACUUGAAAUGAGCGGCUACAGCGAUGAAGUUCGCCAGGAGAAAAAAGAUUAUGAAAAUCCACAGCAAAAAGGGGACAGUCGUGAGUAUUUAUUGGUUUAAUCAAACCUUCAGAGUUCAGUAGUAAUUAGAAAACUUUUGUAAAAUUGAUAGAAAAAGUCAGAAAUGGUUUACAGAUUUCAUCAAUUUUCCUUCAUCGACAAUUCCGUUUUCCAGGUUACAUUUUCGAUCCUGAGUUAAUGGAAUCAUUCAAGAAGGAGAAAAAGUCAGUGAAUAGUUCAAUCGAGCUGAGACCGUUCAAAAUGGAGGAUGUAGAAGCUUGCUAUGAGUGAGAAUUACGAAAAAAGUUUGAAAGAUCUGCAUCUUCAUCUUUCAGAGUGUACAAACUAUUCGCGUUGGAAACUUCUAUCCCGCUCAACCAAGGCUGCAUGGAUUUUUGGAGACAUGUCACUUACAAAGCCAUCCUCAUCAACAUUCCAUACUCCAUCGUGGCGAUUGAUACAGAGUGAAUUUUUACGAAAAAAGUUCAGCAUACAAGUGAAAAACUUUCAGUACAAGUCUAAUUGUUGGAUUUAUUGGAGCGGAAUUCCGCGAGAACGCGGAUUAUUUGUGCCAUUUCCUCCAAAUCAAAUGUUUGGCCGUCCAUCCAAUGUUCCGCGGCAUGAGAAUCGCAAAGACGCUGGUGUCAGCUCUCGGAUGCGUGGCUCGAACGCUUGUUAGUGUAAUUUGUUAUGCUUUUAGAUUUAUUCAGUUUUUUUUCCAGGAGGCACCUUAUCUGGUCUACAUUUUCAAAAACAGAACCAACAGGUUGUUUGAGAGGAUUCUUCUGAAAAUCGGUUUCACAACUGUGAGCCCAAGUGUGUUCAGCGGAACCCUGGAAGCUGUUCUGUUUCGAAAAGUUGGAGAGCCCGCAUCAUUUGGAUCUGGCAAAAAGCAUGUGCCCCGUGGAAAGACAGAGCAAAAACGCGCGCAAAGAUUUGGGCAUCAGGAUGUCAGAAUGCGAAUCGGAAAGCUCCUUAUUGAGUCUAGCGAUUUUUUGCGCGAGAUGUUGAUAAAUGAGGGAUAUGUUAACAAUGCGCCAUUCAACCGCCCUUGAUACAGUUCAUCAAAAUUUUUCCUGGCUGGUUUUUUGAAGAGGUAAAUAAUUUUCCCAAUAAACUAUCGUUAGAAAACCGAUAAAUUUUUAACCUUCGCCGUUUGGAAAAACGUUUAAAAAUCUUGUUAUUAGACUCUUUUGAGACCAACAAGCGUUUUAUUUUUUUCAGUCAUACUUUUUUUCAUAACAGCCUUCCGUGAUCAAACUCGCUUUACUGUGAGAAUCAAAUUUAUGUAAACAAACUAUUUUUUUGCUAAAAAUGAUUUUAAUAUCUUAUCUCUUUCAGUUUCCUUCGUUUUCAUGAUGUUUUUGAUGAUGUUACAAGUUUACGGAUUUCAAAUAGGCACCUUUUUUACGCACGUUUGUUUUUUUGUUUCCCGGUUAAAAACGGACACUUAUUGUUUGAUUAUGUUCUCAGAUCGCUUCAGGCCGUCUCACCUUUUUUUAUUAUCAUUAUUUUUCACUUUUUAUGUGUUGAAUACUUUUUUUGCUUUGAUAAAAUGUUGGUGUUGAGAAAAGGUAUUUUUUUCUGAAUCUUCAUCUUCACAAAAAAAGUUUGCUCGUGGAACAUUUAACAUUUAUUCAUUCUUCAGAGUUAUCUUGUAUCUGCUGAAUCAUGGAAUAUUCGUAGAGAUGUUUGUUGGUUCGCGCAACUGUCGCCCAUCGGUUGUGUCGCUUGUGGAAAAUGUUUGAUAAAUUAGCGGCUAAGAAAAAAAAAAAGAAAAAAUCGAUUUUGUCUACCGUCAGUUGCAAGUUUCUCAGAAAUAUUAACUAUUGAAAAUUGAUUCAACUUCCACGACUUGUUCUUCCCAAUCUAAAGUCGAUUCACGUCUGGCUUAAAUUGAUUGAAAAAAAGGUCUUGAUGCGAAAGUGGAGGCUGCCUCGUGUUCCGUGUCCCAAACCAGCCGGGAACAGGCUCCUCUGUGCCUCGUACUCUCUAACGGUCUACCGCACAAUAACAUUGAAAUAUCACACAUGAGAGCCAUUAUGUUGCCCCUCAUGCCGAGGAAAUGUUGAAACCUCUUCGAAGACGCGCACAGCCGUGUGCACGUUCUGGUAUCUUUCCAAGCUGGUCUUCUCGUGACUCGGGCGGACCGUCUCCCCAAACUCCUCCCUCUUUCGAUCCGCGCCGCGCCGCGCCAGUCGCCAUUCUUGCUUCUCUCCGGUCACACGGGCCAAGAAAAACAGUCUCUGGGACCGUUUUGCAUUUCCCCUUUCUGCUCGACAGUUAUUUUUCACAAAACUUUGCGCGUUUCCGCCUGAAAAUUCUAUCUUUAAUCUCAAGAUUGUUAGCUUUUCGUCAUCAAUCUUUUGUCUCUGCGCAUUUAUGUAGAAAUCUCUGAAAUAUUUGACGAUUUUUCGAAGUCUCCGCCUUUUUCGAUUUUUAGGCGUUCAGUAGCUGUUAUCUUUUUUUGCGCAAAGCAAUUUUCAAAUGCAUCAAGGACAAAAAAUUCCGAGUUGCAGAACAACAGCCCCUCUGAAAGGUUACUGCGUAGCCAUACCGACUACACUUUUUUUUAAAUGAUUAAAUAUGAAUAUAAAUUCAACAAUAAAAGUCUGCCUUUUCCGCAUUCCUUCUGUAGACGUGUCUUGUUUUCAGCUGCUUUGUUUUAUCUUUAAAAAAAUUUUUAGUAUCGUCUUCUCGAGAUGGUAAGACAAAGAAAAUCGCGAGCUGGAAAUCUCCAGAAGAAGAGUGAGUUGCAAAGUACAAAGUACAAUAACGUUUGCGAAUGUAAACUUUUUUUCUGAAACGUGAAAAAGUAAGUCCAUUUCAUGACGCACUAACUUCUGAAUAUUGCUUAGAUUGUCCGAAAUGCGCUCUUCAGAAUCAGUUUUUAUUUUUUAUUCAUAUUUUCACAUUUUGAGAAACUAAUUCUGCCGCUUCUCCGACGGAACUUUCACCUGGCACCCUCAAAGCCGAAAACGCCGGUGCAGGUUCGAUUAUUCAGUUUCUUACUUCACUUUUCUAACUUGUGAGAGAUAAGCAGUUUCUUGCGGCUUUCGCUCAAGUUUUUAGGUAUAAGUAUCAGAAUACCUGUGUAUUUUUCUUUAAGGGGCUAAAACGAAAAAAAAAGAAAAAAAAAUAGGUUUUUAAAUUAUCAGAAAAAAUAAUCAUUUCAUAUUUUGGUGAUAAUGUUUUGGAAUGAGUGAAGAUUUAUAUUGCGUUUGCCUUCACCCAAGGGGUUUUUUUUUCUUACUAGGGUAUGGUCUCCAUUGAAAAUUUAAUUGAAAUUUGAGAUUUUGCGGGUUGAUAAUAAGCCUAGGUGAGAGUACUCGAAAAUGAAAUCCUUCUUGGCUCCACAGGCGACAGAUGGAAACUACCUGUUCAAAACAAGACUUUUUUUAAAGUUUUUAUUUGAUAGAAGGAUCUCUAAGAGAUGCGCAUCAGAGUUAGGCUCUUUAUGCGCCUUGUUUGCUAGGAAAAUAUCCCUUUCCAUUUUUUUUUUCUUUCAAAUCAAAAGUCUUUUUGACUACCGAUGAGUCAUCGUCCUGCACAUAGCAUAACCAAAUAAGAGCUCAAUCAAACCAGUUUAAGCAAAGUUAUUGCCAAAAAGCACAGCGCCCAUUUCUUUUUGACCUCCCACUGGAUGUGAUAGUAAGCUAUGAGUAUGCAAAAGUGAUAUUCAUCAAAAAGAUUCGAACCACGAUCACAGUGUGGACAGUCAGCAAAUCCAAUACCAUUACACUACUUCGCCAGUUGCUAGCUGAAGGUCCCAAGCUAGGGGAUCUGAAAAAAUUUUGACGAGCUUUUCCUCGGCUACCUGGAAGGGUUAGCAGAACUUUUUUUCGAUGUAAAGUGAUCUUAUAAUGUAGUCUACACUUUAAACCACAAAAGCCUCAAUUCUCAACUCAAGACUUUUCAAUGAAUAAAAAACAUAUCAUACCAUCAAUUUCACCUUUGCACAAAGUUCAGGCUCGAGAACUCGCCUUCCUUCUGUGGAAGUCGAUCAUCGAAAUGCUGAAAAGAACAACUGUGGUGAAGGUUUGACAUGAAAAACCAAAAUUUAUCCUUUGUCUGUUGUGAAGUUUUUCAAGUGUCAAAAUAGAGAAAAAAAUAUUUUUUUCUGCCUUCUGGCCGAGUUAUGCCAUUCUCAUUCAGGAGUGCCACUGCUACCAGAUACCAUUUCCUGGUCAGAAACUCACUGCAAACUUUAUGCUAAUUCAUUUCAUGAACAUUAAAAUUUACAAAACCAAAAGAAAAAAAUGGCAUCAUUUUUUUCGAGAAAUUUAGCGUAGAAGAAUUUUUUUACCGAUUCACAAAGUAAAUAUAAUACCAAUCACAAAAAAGUUGAAUUUUAAAUUACCUUAUUUCACGGCAUAUUCACGAAUGUGUCUUUUCGCUUUUCAUUAAGUUCAAUAUCAAGCUAAGUAAAUUAAGAAAACUUUCCAUCACACUUCGCAUAAAUAGUUACUUGGAAAAUUCAACGUAUUUGAAGAAGUAAACAAAGGAUCGACAUCUAACGAACACGACGUAUUUGUUGCAGAAUUCUCGGACGAUGAAGAAGUACAUGAACCACUUGCCUACAAGAGCCCAUCUCCGAUGCUCGUGGAAUAUCAGGACGGUGAGUACAUUCAUAAAAAAUGGAGACAUUUUCUCACAGGCUUCAUGAUUUCGCAGUUUUAUGGUAUAAAACAAAAAAACUUUUUUUAGCCUCUAGUUAAAAUUUCUAGUUUUGCAGAGAUGUACUUUGAGCCGCGCUAAUUUCAUAUACAGAAUGAAAUUUCUUGACUUCUAUACUCGCCCUCUAUCGCCAUCUCUAACCCGUGAAAAAUUAAAGGCGAAGAAAGAUUCGACAACCUGUGGGGCGAAGGCGAAGACACCAGUGUGGGACUUGAGAGAGAACCUGAAGGUAAACUUGAAAAAAUAAAACAUUUUAAGAGGAGUAGAAAGAAAAAAACUAAUAAUCUUAAUCACAAAGGAACAUAAGAUCUACCAAUUUUUUUCAUUUUUAACUGCAAAUUCAAAUCGUGAAAAUUCUCUUCUCGCAAUUUCUCUUCCUAUUGGAUCGAAUUUCGAGAUAAAUAAAUUGAGAAAACAUCAUAUAGGACUUCGUACAAAAAAGUCACUGGAAAAUCCAAAAUAAUUGAAGAGGUCGGCCAAGAAUCGUCGAAUGGUUAUCGGAAGAUCGUCAUAGACGACUCCGACGAAGAGUUGGAAGAGGUCGGCCAAGAAUCGUUCAAUGGCUAUCGGAAGAUCGUCAUAGACGACUCCGACGAAGAGUUGGAAAAGGUCUCGCCACAGAAGGAACCUGCCCAAAUGAACAACUCCCCGAUGGCGCUUGAACUUCAAGACGGUAAGUAAGAAGAAGAAAGUUAUUUUCUAACUGGUUUCAUUAUUGCGCAGUUUUAUGGAAUUGAACUUGGUGAAAAGAGAAAAGUGUUUUUUUUUUAAAGCAGCCUCAGUGUUUACAUAUUUUGGCUGUGAUCAUUUAGUUGUUGAUAGUUACAAAGGCUCACUAAUUAAAGCUGUAAUUUUGGAGAUCUGCAGAUUGCAUAUGAUGUAAAUCAAUUUAGUAAAAGAAAACAACAACACAACUCAGACGCAAAAAAAAAAACAAGUUGACGUCUUGUAGGGAGAAGGCGAAGGCACCAGUGUGGGACUCGAGAGAGAGCCCGAAGAUAAAUUUGAAGAGAUGAAAAAACUUAACAAGAAUAGAGAAAAGCUGAAAAGUUGAAAAUGACGAUCUGCUGAUAUUUUCAUUUUUUCACGGCACAUCCGUAAAAGUUUUUUCUUACAUUGCCAUUUUUUCUAGAUCGAAUUUCGAGGUAUGUGAAUUGAAAUAAAUUUCCAUCACACUCCGCAUAGAUAGAUACUUGGAAAACUUAACGUAUUUGAAGAAGUAAACAUAGGAUCGACAUCAAACGAACACGGCAUGGCCCCCGUUUUAUUUCACGACGAUAAAGAGCUCUCAGAAGUGCUUGCCAACAGGGGCGACUCCCCGAUGGCCGUGGAGUAUGACAACGGUGAGUAUAUUAAUAAAAAAUUGAGUAAUUUCCUAUCGGCUUCAUUAUGGCGUAGUCAUAUGUAGUUUAACUGAGCGUAAAUCUCAAAAGUGUUUAUUUUAACGCAAUCCCAUUGGUUACAUCGGCUUCGAUCAAAUGAUGAUCAUAUGUAGAUAAAAACCACUUAUACCGACUUCAGCUCUUAUUUUGGCUUAGAAUACUACUCCAUAAUAUCUAUUGUUCUUUUAAAUGAUAACAAAGCAAAACUACCAAAAAAACCGGUAAUUUUUUUAGAAAAAAAUUUUUUUGAAACUAAUUAGAUAAACAAAGCCGUUUUUCAAGAUUUAUCUCACAAAAAAACUUGAUAAUAUUAUAAUUUAAAGAAUCAAAUUGGUCGGAUGAACUCAACGUUGAAGAGGACCUUGAUGGAGACUACGAAAUAAAUAACCGAGGUCAGUUUGAAAACUGGGACAAUUUGAGUAAAGUUGAACAAUUUUUCGAUUUCUUUAACUGAUAUUUUUGUUUGUAAGAGCUUCUGCGGCAAUUUUAUCCUCUGAAGAAAAAAACUCUGAGAAAAAAAUUAGUAUAACAGAUGAAACUUUCUGAUGCUACAUACUCCCAUAAAAUCUAUGAAUAGCCAAAGGUUUUGGAACCUUUUAUAGUCAAUGUUUCCCGACUUGAAAAGCGAGGGGAGCGAGGCAAGGGGCGGGACGCGUAGCGUGUGCGUACGCGGCUCUUGGCACGAGUUCAAUUAAACCGCCAGCAACUAAUUUGAAAACCGUUUUUCGUUCUUUUCAAUUAUUUUUCAAUUAUUCAUUCAUUAUGUUCAUGUGUGCAUCAAAUAAAAGUAGAACACAUAAAAAAAGAGCGGUUGCCGAGCUUUUCAACGGCAAUUGAAUUGAACUAGUGCCAAGAACCGCGUAAGCACACGCUACGCGUCCCGCACCUUGCCCCGCCUCCCUCACCUAUCAAGUCGGGAAACAUUGACUAUAAAAAAACUCUAUUUCCGUUCCCGAGCAUUCGUGGCUGCCUAGUAGAUAUAUAUAUAUUCUCUUAUGAAAAAAUUUUGAAAAAUCAGAAUAUCUUACUCAAGCUUCCGUGUUUUCGUUGUUUCAAAAAUAAAAAAUUUUAAAGAAGACGAUUUGGAUGACGAAGUAUACUACGACUUGACCGAAACCCCGAGCAAAAAAGAAGGAGAAGCAACAAAGGAAGAAAAACAUGAAAAGGUUCAAAAACUUUCGGCACGAGCCGAACGGCUCAAAAAGCGACAGAAUUCGAAAAAAGUCGAGACCAAAAGAGCCGGAACAACUAAAAGAGUGGCAAUUGAAAAAAAUGGUUAACUACUCAUUGGAAAACAACGAAAUAAGAAGUUUUUUAGACUUUCUGUUUGAUGAGGAUCUACUCAAAGAUGCAUUAAAGGAAAACCAAAUCGAGGUUUCGCAAUACGAGUUCUCUCCGUAUUCGGAAAAAAAGAUUUUUUUAAAAAUAACCAAGUAAAGGGAUUUCCAUAUAUUUAAAUAUCAAAAAGUCCUCUCAGACUCCUUCGCUUCGCUGAGAUCGAGGUCAAUUUAUCUCGAUAUAAAUUGGCUCAAAUAAAAAACCAACUGUCAUUCGCGACUUUGAAGAAUUUUAUACCGUUUUGUAUAACGGCAAAAAGUUCACGGUGAGGGCCCUGUGAGCAUUAUGAAGUCACCAACUGAAAUAUUAAAGCGGAACGGUCGUUGGAUUUGUGUGCGGGAGGCGAAUUCACGGCGGUGGGCUUGGAUCAUUGAUAAGAGUUCAACUUUGCGUCGUCCCGAAGGCCCACAGAAAAAAAUCAAUCGGACAACAGCUCAUUCAAAAGUUGGCCAAUGUUGGGAUCAAUUCGGUCAGUUUGCUAUUAUUUUUCCGUUUCAACUUCUUUCAUCUUCUAUUAGCAAGCACUCAAAGGAUGAUAUCGAGUUGCUUGGUAACCGGCUAAAUGACGCUUUAGGAUCUCAUCUCAGCAUUUCUCUGCUUUCUAACUGUUCACACUGACGUUUCGGCUUAUAAAAUCGGAAUUUUUUCCUCUCGGCGCAGAUAUUUAAUGACGUUGCACUUCGUAAUUUUUAACUAAAACAGAAAUGGAGAGAUUUUAUCACAACAAUCAAGAAUCUGAAGUUCGAACUGCAAAAAUGCUCAUACCAGAUCAUUUAAAACCUGAUUCAGCUCUUGAGGACGGAAGUAAAAUUUCAGAAAAGUAUUUUUCUUUCCUCGAUAGCGAUUUCACUUUCCGUUUGUCUGCGCGCUCAAAAGUUUUGCUUUCCUGAAAAAUGAGGCACCACUGAAAAAGUUUCUUUCUUAAUGGUUGACAAAAUGUUUUAACUUCUAAUUGUCGCGGUGGAAUAAGGUCCUUAUAUGAAAAUCAUCGACCAAAAUGAGAUCUUGGAAAAAUUAAAAAUCUUCUGAGAAAAGUUGAAGUUACUUCGAAGUCUUCUUUUUUUAUCAAGUUUUUCAUCUAUUCCAAGCAGUUUUCUAGGAAAAUAGGGGAAAAGUCACUUUACAAUGUGCUUGGAAACUCCCAGAAAACUGGCCGAAAUACUCCUCGAUGUACGAAAUGGAAAUAAUGAGAGUCUCGACCUGCAAAAAUAUCUAGUUACGGAAAAAUAACAUCCCAAUGAAAAAAAAUCCAAAAAAUGCCGGAAAAAGCCAUUUAAUGGAUUUGUACCUUUAUUUCUCGGAAACCCAAAAGUUGGGCGAACUGAGAGGUCGAGAGUCUUUUUCUAGUACAUCAAAGAGUGUUCUGGCCAUUCCCAACCACAAAGCAAAGCGACCUCCCUUGUUGAUAAUUUUUUAUUUACAGGGGGCCAAGUUUUUGGUCUUCGGACUAACAAAGUCGCCCAACACAACCACCAAGAAGUUCCUGGCCAAAUGUGGCUUCGAAGCCAUUGAGGGAAGCGCAUAUUCUGGCAGGCCGGUUUAUUUCAAAGCGAUUGGACCUGAGAAAAAAGAACUCGACCUGAAGGGAAAAAAGGAAUUGGCCCAACAAGUCCACGACGAGCCGUCCGCUCAUUUCUUUUGCGAUUGUUUUAUUAAUAAUCUACUCCAUAAUGGAGCAUACAUUGAGCACCGACUCUCUGCGAAAAAAAGAAGAAAUCAAUUUUAAAUAAUCGAAACACGUUCAGAAGUUUUUUUGGAAGUUUUUUUUUGUUAAAAAAUAAUUUUUGAUGUUUUGUUUCGAUGAUUUAAGACUGUUUUCAACUUCUUUUUCGCAUUGGAUGGACAUUUUAAAUUGAAACUUUAUGAUGACCAAGACGUAGCUAAAACAAAAGUUAAAUAAAGUCUAAUCAAUUUUCAGUUUUUUUCUCGUUUUGAUUACUAAGAUUUUGGUCAACGUGAAGUUUCUUUUGCUACGAAGCAAUUUUGUCUUCAUUUUAGCAGUUUAUUUUUUUGUUGUGUCGUGUUCACACAAACCAACGAUUGAGUUUAUCGAAAGGAUCUCGCCUCAAGAUCUUUUUAAGUUGCUUUGAAACAAGGACUCCCAUUCAGAGUUCAGUGUUGAUGGCAGGCUUUUAUGAAUUCAAAGAUGGUCUGUGUUAAUUGAUUGUCAGCUUUAGCCUCGGACUCGGAAAUUUCGCGAAUAUUCCUGAAAUGUUUUUUUGAAGAAUCUUCUUCGAUUCCUUUCGUGAAAAUGACUGUCUUCACAAUAACUGGCACUCUCCACAUGCCUCUUUUUUUGUCAUUUUGCGAUGGAUAAUGAGUUCAAAGCCCUUUUCAAACCUGUAAACGCAGCUCGGUUGUUUCUGUUCCAACUUCCCUUAGUUCUUGAGCCAGAUUUUUUUUUGACAGUUUGCCGUUUUUGAAGCUGAUUUCUCUUGUUUUUUUUUUGCGUUGUGGCAAGUUGUCGGCCUGAAGAAUUGAUGAAAUUUUGGUUAAUGACCAGCCUCUUCACUUGUCACAUUUUUCUUUUUUCUUGUGUUUUUCGUUAGUUCGACACACUUUUCAUCUAUUGCAUUUACUGUUUAUUUUGUGUGUUCCGUUGCGGGGAAAAACAAGCUUCGCUUUUCGAUUUUUCUUAUUUAAUUUCGAACUAUCGGUGAUGAUUUUGUUCCAUUUCUUCGCGAAAUUGUUUUCUUGAUCCAUUUUUUCCCAGCUGUUCUGUCCUUAUCAUAAACGUUAACAGAGCAAGUUUUUCUGGUUUCUAUCAACUGGUUGAUUACCGGAUACUUUUUCUUGAGCUGAAAUUAUUCAGCUCUAUUUAUAUAAUUUGCAGUUGUAACGGAACGAAACCGCGAUGGAAGAAGAAAAAGAGCUCCGAAGCUCCUGAGCUUUCUGAAACGUCAAAAGAACCGAAAAAGGUUGAGAUGCCCCGGAAUCGUAAGUUUUUUUCACUAAAAAAAAUUACUAUAAUCUCGUACCAUUAUUUUUUUCUUUUUCUGAAUUUAUAAGGCCAAAUAUAAGCCAAAUUAUUCAGAAAGAAAACUUCUAAGCAGAAAAAAAUGAAGAUUUCUCAGAAGAGAAAAAUUAUCUAAUGGUUUUCAUAGGCCUCAAAAAAUUCAGUCAGAUAACCGCUAACAUAAAUUGGAAAAAAAUUAAUUUAUUUUUUUGGGUUUUUGUUUGAGACUAUUACCGGAUCAAGAUUUGCAAAACAUCGUCGAAUUAAACUCAGAAAAAGAGGUCGAUUUCAUAACUCCAGGGAUCUUGCAAUAUUAUCUCGCGUGUAAACGCUUGGAUGCCGAGAUGGGCUUGAAACCUGAGAAAAGGCGCAAGCGAGCCCCUACUAAGGUUGAUGGCAACCCUGGUGGUCAAGAACCGACGAAAAAGGGAUCAAGCAUCAUUUAUUUCGGUGAGUUAUACUUUUUUCGCUAAGAAAAUAUUCACAUCAACUUCAGACAAGCCUUCUGUAACGAAGCCGAGCGAGAAGAUGGAAACGAUCAACAUGUCUCUCGAGACACACAAACGUUCGUUGUCUGAAAUUAUUCAGAAAAACUCAGAAGUUGCUUUAAUGUCUCAUGUUCCUCACGUCAUAUUUGGAUUUUGUGGAAAAUUGAAAUGUUUUGUUGGAUUGUUUGAAAUGACACACUGAAAAAUUUUAUCAGACUUUAGAACAAUUAUGUUGAUUCUAUCUUAAAGAGAUUAUUCAAGCCAAAAAAAUCAUAAACUUUUUUUAGAAGAGAAAAAUUGAUUUUUUUAAGAUUUCAAUUUUUUAACUGUGGGGAUCGUAGUAAUUUAAUUCAUUAUUCAAACAACGACUGCAAUAUUGAAAUUUUCGAAAAUACUUCAAAAAUAAGGUACUUCGGAAAUUAUUGUUAAAUAUAGUUAUGCGGAUCAUUUUUCCAAUUAAUCACCAUCAUAAAAAAACAAUUUAUUUAUACCAAAAUAUCUUCACCUUACCAAUUUUUUUGGCUUCUCACAUUUCUAAAAAAAUCAGAAGUUUUUUUGCAAAAAUUUGUUCGAUUCUUUAUAAGAGUAGUUUUUUUCUUUAAAAAAAAAUUUUUCUUUGUAUUGAGAAACUCUGUACAAAGAAUUGGUGGUAUGAAAAAAACCACCAGCGAAAGUUCGAACGGCGACUUUUUCCGAUUUUUUUCGAAUCGCUAGGGAACUUUCCGACGGCCACCUUUCCGACGGAUCCCUUUCCGACUUUUUUUCCCUCAAGUUUUUUUCGGUUUAUAAAACAUCUAUAAACAUUGUUUUUUUCUAUUUCUUUGUGUUUUUAAUCAUUAACCAACUACCUACUUUAUAUAGGCAGAUUUAAAACGAAAGGUUUAUCGAGAAAAAAAGUCGGAAAAAGAUUCGUCGGAAAGGUGGCCGUCGGAAAGUUCCUAAGCGAUAUGAAAAAAUCGGAAAAGUCGCCGUUUGAAUUUUCGCUGGUGUUUUUUUCAUACCACCAAAGAAUUGUUUUCGAAGACGCUGUUUUUCGGUUCAAAAAAAACCCAUUAAGACGGUCGAAAAAUGCGAGCGAAUGUAGAACAUCAAAAAGAAGCCGCGAACGGCAUGGGAAACGGAUUCGAAAGGUUCGACAAAAUGGCUCCCGAACAGCACGCCGCGUGAGAGGCGCCUUGUUUCGUUUCUGCUAAAAAAAAACAGUCAUGUAAAACGUCAGAAUUGGGGUUAAUAAUGAUGAAAAUUACUUUUGUUUUAAAAAAGAUGAGAAAACAUAAGAGACUAAAAUAACAACUCAUUGACGGAACAUUGUAAACCCUAAACAGAUCACAUGGGUCUAGAAUUUGAAUGAAUACAUUGUACAACUUUAGAUCAUUCAUAAUAUUAUUUUGCUAUUGCUUAUCCAACUCAUUGCAGAUCUUCUCGAAGGUUUGCCCGGUCUCCAGACGAGCGCCACGUCUUCCGAAGGGGCUGCGGCUUCGAAGGCCAAAGUUCAGAUCACGAUGAAGCCAGGCGACUCGGCCGGUAUUUAUGUUUAUUUAAUAUCAUGUUCUCUCAGAUUUUUCAAUCAGUUCCCGUAUCUUUUCCAAUAUAUUAUGUCUGGUUGUGAGUUAUGAUGAAAAAAAAAUUCCCUUUUUGCUUUUAGAAGAAAUAAAAAAGGGGAAAAUAUCAUGAGAUAUGUGCAGAUUUGAUUCACCUUUUUUCCAAAAUUAGCGAAUGAGGCCUUUUAAAUGUUGUGAAGAGAAUAGGAGUGAAACGAUUUGAGUUAACACGAGCUUUCAUUCAAAAAUUCGAAAAUCAGCAAGAGCAGUCGAAAAUACCACAAGUUUUCUUUCUUUAUUGAAAUCCAUUUUUUUAGGAUCCUCAGAGAAAACACAAAAAUUUACUGCGAGCCCAGUAGAAAUAUAUCUCUGUCACUGAUGUUAGGGGUCUGGCAAAAAAAAUAAAUAAAAGAAGGCGGCUCAUCCUUCUUAAAGAGACGCCAGAAGUAGAGAGGGCCAAGAGAAUCUAUACACUGCCGAUUCUUGAUGAUGCCAUAAAACACGGGGAGAGUGAACCGCGUAGUCGACGCCUUAGUUUAAGUUGCAAUCAAGUAAUGACUGCAAAAGACAAAUAUUAUUUAUUGGUCGAACACAGAAUAUACAAUGUAAAGGAAAAAGCCCGUUUAGUGUUUAUUUAAAGCCAAUUGAUACAACCGGCACUUUGUAGUAUUUUUAGAAGCUCACGACUCACUGUAAAAGUUUUGCCCAAUUCUUACAUUGAUAAAAUAUUGUAAAAUAACAGCUGCAAGAAUUUUCCGAAUUUACAAAGAAUCUGUCAGAAAGCUCAAAAUGGAACCUCCUUAUUGGAUCAGCCACUGUAGUUUGGUUAUUUUUCAGCCAUUGUUUGCAAACGAUUAUGCACUAUUUCUAAGAGCAACUGAGAGCCAGAAAUCAUGAAGUUGAAAAACAAAGCAGAUUUUAUUAAUUUCAAGGCGGCAGCUCCUCUUCGAACGAGCCCCCGUCGACAGCUGCUCCGAAGACCGUCGUGAGAGUUGGAAACUUUUCUUGGGCCGAGACAGAGGCCUUCUUCAAGCAGAAGGACAAGAGAAACUAG